GCAUCUCAGCUGCCUGCAACACCGACACACAUCGGAGAGAGAAGGGGGGGAGAAAAAGAAAAGAAAGAGAUUGAAGAAUAAACGAGGCAAGGAGAUACUGGACUGGAAAGAUGCUUCUGCUGCGUCCGUGAUGGUGGGCUGCCUGUUUGAGCACCUGCGUGCCUCCUCUUUACCAUCUCUCUCACACUCUCUCUCUCUCCUUUGCGCACUCUAUCUUUCUCUUGCUCCUAAUCUGUCAGUGGUUCUCUCUCUCUCUCUCUCUCUCCUUCUCUCUAAUUCACCCCCCCCCCCCCUCUUUCUGUUCUACUCUGGCUACUGCAGUAGUCCACCAGCCAGCCGCAAGUCUGACAGCAACACACAUGGCCAACUGCCACAACUUACUACCUCAGCCCCGGAGAAAAACUAACAAAUAAGGAAGCGGAGGAGCUCUGCAGACAGCCGGGGGGACAACGAGCAGACGGAAAGAAGAAAACUCAAUACCUUUCUCUGUUUAUGGAUACAGAUACGGAGCUGACUUACACACACAUCCUCUCAUCGUCAUCCUCUCCGUUCUCUCACUGCAGAAGAGGACAAGAGUGCUCUCUCUCACUCUCUCUCUCUUUCUCUCUUCAGAAAGCCCUUUUUUUUUGCAAAGCUCCAACAGUGCAGCGCAUCCUCUCCUCCACCCCCCCAACCAGCGCCACCAUCUCUCUCCCACCACCCCCCGCCCCCCGGGAGGAAUAGACGGAUUACUGCUAACUGUGCACACGGCAGCCUGCAGCUGCUCUGACCGGGGCCAGCCCAACGUUGGGAGGAAGCAAGAGGAACACAGAGGAGGAGUGGCGGAGAGAGGGGGGGAUGACUGUGCCGGGAGUUCUUUAGCCUUUUUUUCUGUGUCUCAGUCCCUGUCACAACGGGGCUAAUCAGUGACCGACUAGCCCUUGGCAAAGUCACAGUGAGGGAGGUCUCUCCGGCAAACAAGCAACCAGUCGACAAGCCAACACAUGUACCAGGAGUCACACUGAGGAUUUUUCUUCUUUUUUUUCCCAGUUGGUCACUUCUUCUCUUCUUUCUCUGUCAUGUUUUUACUGCCUCAUGGAUCAUUGUGAUAUAUCCACGGCAGAGCUGCGUUUCGGAGUCUGCAGUCUGGCAGAAGGGCAGUUAGUGGGGGCAGAAGGGAUCCAGGCACCUGCCAAGCCUUCCUGGCCUUACCUCUGCAUGUGAGUGCUUUCCAUGCUGCUCUCGGUCUUUAAUACCAGGAGCCAUUUUGUACCCUUGGCUAAUAGAGGGGGCCACACCACUUUUUCAAAACGUGAAAACAAGAAAAUGUCUAUCUAAAGUCUUUCCAUGGAAAGAAAUGCAAAAUCAUCGUGAUACAUGACUGCUGCGUUUAAUAUUUGGGACGAGGCAGAGAGGAGUACUUUCAAACUAAUGAGCAUUUUCCUGUGCCAUCAAUGGAACUUGGGAGCCUUGAGUUGCUCCAGCCAGGCUAGUGUGGUCUGUCCUCUGGUGUGUGCCGUCUCCCCCCACCAUGUAAAAUAAUGAGCCCUUCACACCAUGAGUCCUCUGGGCCAGGUUAGUGUGCAGCCUACCUGGAACGCAGCCCUGCUCGCCGUGCUCUCCCUCAUGGUGCCUGCCCUCAGUAUGUGCCAGUCCACGGGGCCUGUGUCGGGCUCGGCUAACCCACAGAACUGUCCAGGUGUGUGCUCCUGCACGAACCAGCUCAGCAAAGUGGUGUGUACGCGCAGAGGCCUGGUUAGAGUUCCUCCAAACAUCCCAGCCAACACCAGGUACCUGAACCUGAUGGAAAACAGCAUAGAGAGCAUACAAGCUGAUACUUUCAGACACCUGCAUCACCUGGAGGUACUGCAGCUGGGCAGGAACGCAAUCAGGCAGAUUGAAGUGGGGGCAUUUAAUGGCCUGACCAGUCUAAAUACCUUGGAGCUGUUUGACAACAGACUGACAGUCAUACCUAGUGGAGCUUUUGAGUACCUGUCAAAGUUAAGAGAGUUGUGGCUUCGAAACAAUCCCAUCGAGAGCAUCCCCUCGUACGCCUUCAACCGUGUCCCCUCACUCAUGAGACUGGACCUGGGGGAGCUGAGGAAAUUGGAGUACAUUUCUGACGGGGCGUUCGAAGGCCUUCAAAACCUCAAGUAUCUCAACUUGGGGAUGUGCAACCUGAGGGAGUUUCCUAACCUUUCACCUCUGGUGGGACUGGAGGAGCUAGAGAUAUCCGAGAAUGUUUUCCCCGAACUGAAGCCUGGAGCUUUUCGUGGGCUCAAGAAUUUACGUAAACUUUGGAUUAUGAACUCAGCCAUCACUACCAUUGAGAGGAAUGCAUUCGAUGAUAUCACGGCCUUGGUUGAGCUCAAUUUAGCCCAUAAUAACCUGUCAUCUCUUCCUCACAACCUCUUCACCCCUCUGCAGUACCUGGUGGAGCUACACCUGCACCACAACCCUUGGAGAUGCGACUGUGAUGUGGUGUGGCUUUCCUGGUGGCUCAGAGAAAACAUUCCCACAAAUUCCACCUGCUGCGGACGCUGCCACACCCCAGCCCACAUGAAAGGAAGAUACCUGGUGGAGGUAGAUCAGACGACCUUCCAGUGUUCUGCACCUGUCAUACUCGAUGCUCCGAGAGAUCUCAACAUCUCGGCAGCAAGAGUGGCGGAACUAAAGUGUCGCACAGCUGCCAUGAGCUCAGUGAGAUGGCUUCUUCCUAAUGGGACUGUUUUGACACAUGGCUCAGCUCACCCACGGAUAUCUGUCCUAAAUGAUGGGACUCUGAAUUUCUCCAAUGUUCUCCCGUCAGAUACAGGAGUCUACACUUGCAUGGUGAGCAACAUGGCAGGAAAUUCUAAUGCCUCAGCGUACUUAAAUGUCAGCAACGCCGAACUCAAUACGUCUAAUCUGUCCUACUUUACCACCGUGACAGUGGAAUUUUUGGAGCCCACAGUGGAGGAGACACCUAAACCCAAGCCUACAGUCCCCGCCUCGCCCUCUGUGUUUCAACCCGUCUUCAUCUCCACGCCAACCGUGCUGUUCCAAAAUACUCAGACUCCAAGGCAGGUGUCAAUUCCAACUGCCAGAAUCCCGAGUGGGCCAGCCGCCAGCCUGGAUGAAGUGAUGAAAACCACCAAAAUCAUCAUUGGCUGUUUUGUCGCUGUUACCUUGCUGGCAGCUGCCAUGUUAAUUGCAUUCUAUAAAUUGCGUAAGCGGCAUCAGCAGAGGAGCACGGUGGCAGCAGCCCGGACCAUAGAGAUCAUACAGAUGGAGGAAGAGGUUCACCCCGUUCCACCUCCCACCUCUGGAUCUAGCGGCUCGGACGACACAGGUUUGGUACUGCCUACAUUAGUGGAACACAACAGCAACACCUUUAAACCCGGGUAUGUGUCCUCCUCCUCCUCCUCCUCCCGCCAUGGGGGCUAUGGAGCCCACUGGACCCAGAACAACUCUCUGCAUCGCUCAGUCAGACAGCAUCACAGCCACAUCAGCACCAUUGCUGAUCCUUACGUCAUAAAGACUACGCAAGGCAAGGAGAAGGUUCAAGAGACUCAAAUCUGAGAAGUGCUUUCUUUGGAUUUAUCCCUGACUCUGCCCCAACCUCUCCUUCUCCUCUCCAAUUAUCACGAGUCCAUCCGUCCAUGCAAUAGAAUGCACAAAGAACAAAAUGGUAACUUUCUUUUGUACAGAAGUGCAAAGCAGAGACAGUUUUUUUGUUUGUUUCUUGUACAUGCCUAUACAUAAGUAUAUAAAUAUAAAAAAAAAUCUAACUAUAUAUAUGUAUACGUAUAUAUAUACAUAUAUACGUAUAUAUAUAUAUAUAUAUAUACAUAUAUAAUGAAACUAAGUCAGGAAGUGGUGAGACAUGCAAAUUAUAUUAGAAAAGAAAGUAAUUUGACACUAUUUUCUAAUAACUUGUGACUUCUAUUUAAAAAAAAAAAAGAAAUAAUGAAUUGCUUUUGUUAAUGAUAAUAGAAGGUGGUACUGUCUACUGUAGGAAAAGAAGCAUUUAGUUUGUUUUUGACCAUCUUUAGGAUGCAGUGAAAAUAACUCUUUAUACAGGCAAACAGUUUCUACAUACAGGCCCAACAUGUAAGCUCCAGUUUUUACUGUGCCAAAUAUUAUAUGCAAUAAAAUGGUUAUUUCCCAGAUGAAAGACACAAAAAAGACACAAGCAAAAUCUAGAUAGAGAGAAACAUUUGUUCAAGAAUAGCGACAUAAUGGCACAGAUAGAGUGUGCUGUUCAGUAGCCAUCAGCCAAAUGCUUUUGGACUGCAGUGAAUUUCUGCAGCUAAGGCUUAACCCUCUGUUUGCCGGAGCCGAGCUGCGUUUAUUUGACAGUGCCAGUGCUUCUUAGUUAGAGCAUAUCUAAACAUGUUGAUUUAGUGUGCACAUAAUUCCGUACUGGUUCAACUGGCAAAGAUUAAGUGCAGGCUAAAAACAGCUCUUGCCGAUAUUAUGUUCUGUUCUUGGUUGCAUUUUGAGUAUUUUUAUUUUCCCUUUUGGUUUUUGACAUGCUUCUUAAUGGCUUGCAUAGUGUUUAGGGCUAUUUAGUAAUGCAUUACAGCAGCUGCCUGACUUGUCUCUGCAAGGGCUCAUUCUGAGGCUUUUUCUUUUUCCUUCAAAAGGAGCAGACAUGGUGCAGUGAUAACAGGGAUUUGCCGGCCGUUCUGUUUUUAGAGGAAAAAAAAAAUAUCACAGGAUUGAAGUGAAACCAAUUGAAUGUCUGAUAACUGGGGCUUUUCCAUGGACUACAUUGAAACAUGACUUUCUUGUUUUUCUUAUAACCAUUUAUUUUGAGCAACACUAUUUUUAUGGAGAGACAAAAGAGGCUAUGAAAAAUAAAAACCUCUGGUUUGUAUUUCUCUAAUCAGAAACAUUUUCAUCUGAUGUUGUUUUUUUUUUCCUUCUCUCUGAAUAUAUUUCCAUAUCAGUGUAAGUUGUUUAAAGGCUGGAGGCAGUAUUGUAAAUCGUAUCCUACUCCAAACCCCCCGUUCCUACAGUCCUAUGCAUUUACUUAGUGUCUGCAUGAAUGGUUCUUUAAGUAACUGGUGUACAAUGCUGCAUUAUACCCCACAGUGGGGCUCUAGGCAGGUCAGAUAUAGGCUGUUGGUCUUUGAUGCCUCAGCUUAGUUCUUAACAUUGAUUUCUCAGUGACUGUGAAGGGAAAAAUACAUGUAUCCCACAGUUCUAUAGUUUGUGGGUUUCUUUUCCUCAUACGCUCCACUGCAGUUUCUAUUUACUAUCAACAUCUGACAUUUAUGAAAGCGAGAAAAAAACACACACAUUUACAUCAAUUGACUUGAGGAGAAUCACUUGUGAGUGAUUUAUCAUGAUAUGAGGAACAUAAAAGCAAAUACUUCCAGAAUUAAAUUUUAAAAAUCCCCAACAUCAACAGUUGAUAUUUAUAUAUAUAUUAUAUAUAUACACACACAGAUUUAUUUAAAGCUGUAGUGCGUAACAUUUAAAUAUCAACAAAUGUCAUGUUUCAUUCAAACAAUUGUCAAAUGAAUUCAACACAAUGCCGAGUAAGAUUAUCAGCUCCACACGACGCUCUGCGUUUCUCAGCAUAGAAGCAUUUGGAUCUCAUGCCCAGGAAGAUUGCUAUACUGCACACAGGAAGUGAUUUGUUUUGUGUCAAGACAGAUGGAGGAAACGGCAACAUUGCGCUAGUAAAGCAAGACGGCCCCAUGUUACAGUGAGACUGAAAACACAAAGACGUGCCCAUUAACUGUUUCAGAACUGAAUUAAAAACAGUCAGCUUCGACAGUAUUGCUUGACAGAGUCUAUUUUCAAACGAAGGACGCGGUACAUGCACAGUGUAAUUGAGCUGACUUAGACAGGCAAUCAGAUAACUUGCUGUGUCCAAGUAUACAGGCGGUCGAUUUAUUGGCCGUGCUUGUCUUUACUUUACAUCAGAGAAAAACAAACAGCGAUGUAAGAUGUAUUGUGCUGUGGUUCUGUAUGUUUUGUACCUGCUGUACAUAUAUAGCUUUCGCUCUAGCUAAUGCUAAGACUAGCUCGAUUUUAGUCAGACUAACAUGUUUACAUGACGUUAAGAAAACUAACUUAUUGUCUUAGUUUGACUACAAUCGGACUUAUGACAUGCAUGUAAAUGCACUGAUUGUUUUUGUUCACAAAGACCACAGAGGCAGAAUAAUAACAUCAUAAAUCACCAAAAGUUCCACACUGUUGCUUUAAGAUUAAAAUAAUCCGUUCAUAGGCCCACAACGGGGACAUUUUCAACUGCUGUUUGUGUGAGUAUCUCUUAGGAGUCUUUUUUUGUCAUGCACUUUAAAAGGCCAGGUGUUCCUAUUGUCUGUCUUCAUGUUGCAGUGCAAUGUGUGCUCCUGCUGAGGCUAUUUGGGGAAAUUACAGUUUAACCCCUGUGAUCAUUUGGGGAGAACACCAAGGCUUCGUGUAAAAGUCGACUUUCUGUACCAUCAAGAGGCGGUUAAUACUGUGUGGCAGUGACAGCGACUUGGGUUUUGGGUUAUUACGUGUUUCUCAGACACUCACGAUACAAUGACGGCAUUAUUCUAGAUACCUAACUGGCGCGAUAAAACAAAACCGGGACAGCGAUUAUGUAACAGUCUGGAUUACAGGUCGAGUGGGAGUCACUUCUCUCAGGAGCUUUUAGUCUUUGGAAUAUAUCUAUUGUUUUAAUAGGCAUGCGUUGAAGGCAGAAAAGGGGAACACCUGUAAAUCUAUUAAUGUAUUUUUGGAGGUUUCCAUCCUUAGAGAGGUGCUGGUGUUUUCGACGAGCACACCUGGCAGUGUCUGAGUACAGGUGGCCCUCAACAAGCAGAUGGAUCUAAAAUGACUAUGUCAAGUAUUUCCUUCAGAAAUGGGAGUCUGGCACACUGCUGGAUUUUCAGUCAGAGCCAGAAUGCGACGCCCGCUCAUUGCUUUUUUACAAAGCAGAAUGUUCUUGGUUGUUACAAUAUGUGUGGGUUAAUAAAGAGCAGACUCUUGUUAUUUUUUUCCCAGCCCAGUGUGGCUCUGUCCUUGCUCUGGCCUCAUGAGAGGAUGUUGUCUGCGUGUAAAGCCUUUACUGUGCCUGAUAACUGGCCACAUACAGGAUCACUAUAACAACUACCUCCUUUCUUCUUCCUUCAUCCUCCUCCUCCUCCUCCUCUUCACUCAACAGCUAAAGAGGCCAUGGAAUAACCAUGGAAUUGCUUCAGAAGGGCUGAAUAAGAACCCCGAAUCAGUGGUUAAAAGUUAAAUACACAUUAAUUUGAGCACUUAGAAAAGAAGACACACGUAGCAAAUGAUAAGUAUUGUUUACACUAAUGAAUGAUUUGCAGCCCAAAUUGGCAGGGGGAGGCACAAAGACACAGCUGUUUGCAGCAUCUCUUUCUCUCUGGCUUGACUGAUUCUCUUGUUGACAGUCGCUUCACUUCCAUGGGGAUGAAAAUGGAAUCAGGGCAAGAAGUUUUUAGUUUCACAACCAUGAAUAUCGAGAAGGAAACCACU